AAUUAUCUUCUUUUAAUUACAAUUCAAACAAUUUAGGUCCGGUCAGUUUCAUCAAGUCCAACCUUUACUAAGACAAAAGAUAUUUUCUAUAGAUUUGCCUUAUCCAACCACAAUCCAAAAAUAGCAAAAACAAAUCAAAAAAUUUCAUGUAACUAAUCUAACCAUGUUAUGUAAUAAUAAUAAAAUUAUGGUUAACUCAUAAUUCGUACAGAAUUAUAAGAAUAUUUACUGCUAUAUUAUCUGCCAUCUUCUCUACUUCCUCGCGCUCUCUUCAUCAUCACUGCACCAAACAACACAUCCCUGAAAAUGGUACAAUUUUAAUGUCAAUCUCUCUCUUCAUCUUCAUUUUCUCCCACUUUUCUUUGUAAGUUUUCAGCUUUCUCUUUCAUCCCACCAUCAUUUUUCUGCAACUCUAAGAUUUCUCUACUAUAUCCUCGAUUUUCGCAAACUCCCAAUUUUGGGUGGAAUCUGCUCAUCUUAUCUUUAGAUUGUGGUAAAUUUUCCAUCUUUUACUAUCUGGGUACUUGUAAAUGUGAAGUUUUCUUGAAUUUCAUGUACAUUUUGCAGUUUAAGUUGAGAAUUUUUCAACUGUAAUUUCUGGGUUCUUCACAUUAUGCUGCUGGUGACUGAUGUGUGGGUUUUUCUGCAUUUGAAUGUUUAUUGCUUUGAUUUGAUUUUAGUUUAGUUCAUAGUGUGGUGCAAAAUUCCCCCAAAAACUUAGCUAUGAUUUUGCCCUAUUGCUUGAUUUUUAUGUUCAUGGAAAAUUAGGGCUUUUGGGUUACUUCACCGCAAUUGGGGUUUAGAUAAUUAGGCUUUGUUUUGGGGGGAUUUUUUAUUGUGAUUUUGAGGAUGGAUUUUGGAACUGAACCUGGGUUUUCGGAAAUGGGUGGAUCAUUUGAGAAUUGGGGUGGGAUUAAUCCAAAUGAUCAGGCAAUUUGGGCUACUGAAGAUGAAUAUAGAAGUUGGAAUGGCAGUGAAACACCAAGUUCUAAUUACCACCUACCUCCGCCUCUGCGGUCGGGUGCCGGAGCUGAGCCACCCAAUAAAAAGACUAGGAGCUCCCAGAGUGGUGACUCUGCGGCGAGCAGCCGCUCGAAAGCCAUUGGGAAGAUGUUUUAUAAGACUAAGCUUUGCUGUAAGUUUCGUGCCGGGGUUUGCCCUUAUGUCACUAACUGUAAUUUUGCUCAUGGCUUGGAAGAGCUCCGGAAGCCGCCUCCGAACUGGCAAGAGAUUGUGGCUGCUCAUGAGGAGGAGAGGGGUGUUACUGUUGAGCAGAGGGAGGAGCACCAGAUACCUACUAUAAGCACCACUGAAUUGCGAAAUGAAUCUCCGAGGACCUAUAAAGGAAGGCAUUGUAAGAAGUUUUAUACUGAAGAGGGUUGCCCUUAUGGAGAGAACUGCACCUUUCUUCAUGAUGAGCAAUCAAGAGCUAGAGAGAGUGUGGCAAUAAGUGUGAGUCCCACUGUUGGCGGCGCUUUUGGUGCUAAUGGCCCGACUCAGAAGCCUUCGAAUUGGAAGACCAGGAUUUGUAACAAGUGGGAGACUACCGGUAGUUGCCCAUUUGGGAGUAAGUGCCAUUUUGCCCAUGGAUUAGCAGAAUUGCACAAAUUCACUGGUACUGAGGGGGAAGGCAGAGACUCCUCUGUGCUGACAGAAACAAGGCCAAGUGGUAUGACCACAAAAACAGAUGCAUCUCCGAGUUUAUCAACCCCUCGUCAGGAAUAUCACCAUGUUGGACUAGGAAUUCCAUCACAGCGGACUUCAAGUAUACCUCAGGCAGUUGGGCAAAGGCCUGCCCAGAAAUGGAAAGGACCUGACAAGAUAAGCAGGAUAUAUGGUGACUGGAUUGAUGACAUUGAAUAACUCUGUGAUAAUAUCUUCUGGUUCAUCGAGGCUUUCCGUUCUAUGUCUAUGAUUGCAGAGGAGGGGCUAUAGAUUUCUGUAGGUUGGCCCAGGAGGUCAUUGUGAAUCUGUCAUCUAGUUUGUAUUUUGUGUAAUGAGCUGUUGAGUUUUAUAUACAUAUGUGACUCUUGUGUUCAAAGCCAAGGCCAAAACUUUUUGUAUCAUGCGUUUUCUCUGAUAAAUCAAUUUUAUCUUGUAUUUACCUAUGUGCUUAACUUAGUGCAUUCUGCAGUGCUCAAGGAAUUCCAGAGAUUUAUCUUGAAUUACCUCCUUUUAUACUGUUGUUAAUCAGCUUGAUCAGAAGGAAUAAAGCUGUCUUUAAAGUUUGGGGCA